AUGACUCUCGGACGUAAAUAUCAAAAUUCUUCCGGGAAUGCUGGGGACGCUCGCAAGGUCUAUGCUAGUCAGUCAAAGGUUGGGACUCUUUCUGGUUGCUCCUCUUCAAUAUCAUUAUCAGACAUGAUUGAACCACCAGACUAUGAGGAUGUGUGUGACAGGAUGAUGGGAGAUGGCGAUCCACUUGCUUAUCCCACAAAUGACAUAGAGCUUGUGACAGUCCCUCGGAAGAUAAGGACUCUUACACAUGUCCUGCCAGAUGAAGAUUUUACAACAGCUCCUAUGUUUGUCCGUGACUGCAUAAGUUGCUACACAUCAGACUACACUGUUGUUGAGUAUAAGUACAGAAGUUAUUCAGGAUCUGCUUAUGGAAGAGAGAGAUUAGCAGAAAGACUGGAUAGGCUGUUAUUAGCACCUCCACAGAACUAUGAAAUUGAUGCCGAACACUCGACGUCUAUGGAGGAACUGGCGUCCCAACAGCUCUCGCUUCAAUUUGAAUCUCAACCGUCAAGUGGCCGUCAGUCAGUAGCAUCUAUUUCAUCGUCGUCAUCCUGCAAUGAGACCCUUACUCCGCAAGGGUCCUGGGCCAGUUUGGAUCUACGUAGCUCAUCAUCGGAUCCUCUACUCCCGGACCUCUUCGAUAAAAGACCACAAGAGCAAAUAGAUGCUCUUAAUGAGAAUAAAAGACUGGAAAAUAGACAGUCUGAUCUCCUGGGCCUUUAUGCUCCAUACUUGGAUGAAGAGGAGGCUGUGGAGCGACGUCUGGCUGCCGAGAUGCCCUGCGAGCUUAUGGGGCAUAGGAUACUUGUUGUGUGUCAUCAGCUCAAGCUCGAACUCGAUGUAGAACCGCUGUUCGCGUCCAUGGCCUUGUACGACGCUAAGGAGAAGAAAAAGCUAUCGGAGAACUUCUAUUUCAACUUGAACUCUGAGUGCACGAGGCAGAUGCUAUCCGCGCACGUUCCCCACGCGGACCUAUCCACGCUCUGCAGGAGCGCAGUGUUCGACAUAUUGAACCCUUCCCCCGAUGUCUUUUUGGUCGUUCGAGUGGAGAAGGUGCUUCAAGGAGACGUCAACGAGUGUAUUGAACCUUAUAUUAAGGACGAUAAGAAUCGUGAGAAAGUUCGCGCGAGCGCUCAAGCUGCUUGCUCGCGUCUCGGAAAGUUCCGAAUGCCUUUAGCGUGGAGCGCUGUCUCCCUUCUGAACAUCCUGUCCGGCUCCAACAGUCUGGAACGCGAUGCUAACACCGAGAAGGAUGGUACCAACUCCCAUACGAACAGUUUAGAUCGUAAAGCCUCUUCCAGCAGCUUAGAACAGCUGCGGCGUCGCGCUGGCGAAGUGGGAGGUUCCCUCACACGCAAGGGUUCGGUGGAAAGACGCAACCCCAACACGCAAAACGCAGAUGACAUUGCGCAGAACUUGGACACGUUUAAACCUAUUGUCAUUACUGUGACCAGUUUCUUUAAACAGGAAACGGACAAACUUAGAGACGAAGAUCUUUACAAAUUCUUGGCGGAAAUCAAGCGGCCCAGCUCAGCUCCGAAAAAGCUCAAAUGCAUCCCUGGCACAUUGAAGAUAGAAGUGUCGCCAUGUCCUGAGGAGAUCAAGAAUGGACUAACACCAGAGUUGGCUAAGCUAGCUCCCUGUGGAGACGACAAUGUGCGACCCUGCAGAGAAAUACUCCCCCUGCCCCUGGUGUCUCCUGCGAUUCCCCAUCAGCAGUACAGGAACCUGCUCUAUGUUUGCGUCCGAGAGCUCAAUUUCAACGCUUACACUUCGAGAACGGGGUCCGCUAGAAACAUCACCGUGAGAGUACAAUUGAUGUCCGGUGAAGAGCAAAGCGCCGCGCUACCAAAUAUCUUUGGACGCAGUUCCUGUCCGGAGUUCAGUACGGAGGCCUACACUAGCGUUUUAUAUCACAACAAGAACCCAUCGCUGUACGACGAAAUAAAGAUCAAGUUGCCAGCUGGUCUUGGUGACCAGCACCAUCUCUUGUUUACGUUUUUGCACGUGGCCUGCCAGAGGAAGCCAGUCGCACCUGAUCAAGAGAAGAAUGUUGAAACAGUUGUUGGGUAUACCUGGAUACCCCUCUGCCGCAACGGCAAGCUGACGAGCGGCGAGUUUAAUAUCCCGGUGAUGUGUGAAGAGCCUCCGCCUAAUUACUCCUAUAUCUUCCCCGAUGUGCUGUUGCCCGGCACGAGGUGGAUAGACAAUCACAAACCCAUCUUCAGUAUCGCUCUGGAAGCCUUUACCACGGUUCAUCCUCAGGAUGGCUACAUAGAAAGAUUUGCGAUGGCUUGCGAGGCUGUGCAAGAGGGAAACAUCCCUCCUAGAAUCGGCUUAGCCAAUAUGGAAGCAGAGUUAAGAGCAAGCAUAACAGAACUUCCCACUGCUAAUGUAGAAGCUCUGGCUCGCUACUUACCAGUGGUAGGUGAUAAAAUACUGCAGCUGCUGGUGGCGCCACCGUCGCUAGCCGGACAAACGCUGAAUAUUGCUCAGGAUGUAUUUACAUGUCUUGCGCACUUAUUCACAGACAUCACUAACAUGAACGAUUGUGGUACCUGCGAUGCCCAUGGGCGUAGUAGUCUACUUAGCACGUACAUUCACUACCAGUGCCGAAUACCGAGACCGGCGCUUUCCGAUACUGAUAUCGGGUUGCCUCUUCCUCCUUCUGUAAUGACUGAUGGGUCCUGCAAAAUUUUACACGAGGAAAUCGCACUACAAUGGGUCGUUGCCAGCGGUGCUACUCGAGACUUAGCUAUGACUAAUUCAUGGGCUCUUUUCGAGCUGAUGAUAAAGUCAAUGGUGGAGUACCUGUACUGGAGUGGUGCACACGAGGCGCCGCGUAAGGCUCGCUUUCCAGACCAAUUUACAGAUGAUCUGUCCACGCUAGUUACGAAUGUGACGGCUGAGAUCAUAGCGAAAUACGGGAAGAACAGCCGUCUCACUCAAAGUCUAAACAACAGCCUGGCCUUUUUCCUCUUCGACCUGCUCAGCAUCAUGGACCGAGGAUACGUCUUCAACCUGAUCAGGGGCUACCACAAACAGAUGUGCGCGAAGAUAUCUUCGCUGCCUGAUGCGGUGCCUUUAGUGCAUUAUAAGUUAUCCUUCUUGAGGAUCGUGUGUUCGCACGAGCACUACGUGUCGCUGUGUCUGCCGAGUGGACCCGGUCGAGCCGUCUCCCCCGCCCCUUCCGCCCGUUCUUCCGCUUCCUCGGAAUGCCGCACCGGCGUCUCUCUUUCUGGAGAGUUCCGCUCGAGGCACUAUUUGGCCGGUCUCAUGUUGGCUGAUUUGACAGCGGCUCUGGAGUUACAAAGUCCAGUUCUCCAAUGUGCAGCGGUGAACGCAGUGCUGUCUCUUCUAAGCGCUCACGAUGCCGACCCGCGCCUCACUCAGCCGGAGCUGAAAGCGCGGGUCGCGUCGUUGUACCUGCCCCUUUUGGGCAUAGUAAUGGAUGCCCAACCGCAGCUGUAUCGAGGAUUUGAUAGUGGAAAAGAAAUACUCCAACUGGACGGCGAAAUGGGUCAAUUUGGUAGCCUGUAUCCAGCUUCGUCGCCUGAAGGAGAUUUCAAACAGAGCGGUCGCCCACCCUUCAACAGCGAGACCAGCCGUAACUUACUGAUGUGCCUCGUGUGGGUUCUUCGUUGGGCGGACCGAUCCGCCCUUUCCACCGCAGUUGCGGAUUUACCGCCCGCCCGUCUUCACUCGCUCUUUGCACUUAUCGAUUUGUGCUUCAAGUGCCAAGAGUACAAGGGUCGAAAAGAAAUAAUGAAAUGCGCGCAACAAAAUGUUCGCAAAACGACAGACAUCAAAGCCAAGUUGGAAGACGUUAUCUUGGGGCAAGGUUCGGCGAGAUCGGACUUCAUUAUGCGGCGUAAAGGUGGUUCAAAUGGCCGCACAGGCGGUCGCGACCGCUGGCGGAAAGACUGGGCUCGCGGAGGUACCCGUUCCCGCCCAUCUUCCCCCGCACGUCCGCAGCCCGCUUUAGCCGCUCUGCUCUCCGCUGAAGUAUCUCUAACUUUACUUCACGCUGUGUGUGCUAUUGUACAGUCCUGUAGUGGAUCUGAAUGGAGUCAGGCUGCCUGUAGUGGAGCAUUAGGCGUCGUUCUUCGCGCGUUACAAAGAAACCAGAGUACGACUGUAUUACAGCACAUGUUUGCUACUGUACGGGCGCUUAUACACAAGUUGGGUUGGUCGUGCUGCUCAGAGGAGUGGGGUCCGGGUGUGUGUAGGGUUCUACUACGGCAUUGCGCCGCACUUUCAUCGUGCACGCGUUCCCACGCUUCCGCUACGCUCUACGCACUAAUGCGACAACACUACCACCUGGGCAAUAACUUCAGCCGCAUCAAGAUGCAAGUGACGAUGUCGUUAUCGUCUCUGGUGGGCACAUCCACUACGCUAAGCGAGGAGUCGCUGCGGCGAGCAUUGAAGACAGUUCUGAUGUAUGCAGAACACGAUCAAGAUCUACAGGAUUCCGCCUUCCCAGAACAGGUGAAAGAUUUAGUAUUCAACCUGCACAUGAUUCUGAGUGACACGGUAAAGAUGAAGGAGUUCCAAGAGGAUCCUGAGAUGCUUCUCGACCUGAUGUAUCGCAUCGCUCGCGGUUACCAGCACAGCCCUGAUCUCAGGCUCACAUGGUUGAACAAUAUGGCCCAAAAGCAUAUGGAGCGUUCAAAUCACUUAGAAGCCGGCAUGUGCCUGGUUCAUGGAGCGGCCUUAGUAGCGGAGCAUCUGCGCUCCAGUGGCCGUGGCGCCGCCCUUCUCGAGCGAGUAACUCAUAACGCACUCGACGAGAGCUGCCCUGACGUGCACUUGCCUCACCAUCAUCUCACAUGUCAGGAAUUGCAGGCACUGCUAGAGCACGCAGCGAGUGAGCUUAUGACCGCAGGAAUGUAUGAGACCGUUAACGAGGUGUAUAAAGUACUCAUUCCUAUCGCAGAGGAGAACAGAGAUUAUAAGAAACUGGCAAAUAUACACAGCAAACUGAGCGAAGCUUUCAGUCGGAUUGAGCAGCUUCAUGGAAAGCGAGUUUUCGGAACAUAUUUCCGCGUCUCUUUCUACGGCGCGCGAUUCGGCGAUCUCAGCGGUGAAGAGUUUAUCUACAAGGAGCACGCACUCACAAAGCUCCCGGAGAUAUUCAGUCGGUUAGAGAACUUUUACGGUCAACGUUUCGGUCCCGAGAAUGUGGUCAUCAUAAAAGACUCCAACGUGGUUGACGUCAACACUCUUCAACCUGAAAAGGCGUAUAUACAGAUAACUUACGUGGAGCCUUACUUUGAGCCGCACGAGCUACGCACCAGGAUUACACACUAUGAGAGGAAUUUUAAUAUCAAACGUUUCAUGUACGCAACCCCAUUCACGGCUGAUGGGCGUGCGCACGGCGCCCUCGGGGAACAGUGUAAGCGCAAGACGAUCCUCACCACGGCACAUCACUUCCCAUACCUCAAGACUAGGAUACAGGUGGUGCAGCGGAGUCAGAUCAUCUUGUCUCCAAUCGAAGUGGCCAUUGAGGACAUACAGAAGAAGAUAAGUGAGUUAUCCGCCGCAACGAGCCAAGAACCGGCAGACGCCAAGAUGCUGCAAAUGGUGGUUCAGGGAUGUAUCGGCACCACUGUCAAUCAGGGGCCAUUGGAGCUUGCUCAGGUGUUCCUUGCGCCUGUCGCGGAGGGCACCCAACCUCCGACCAGACUCACCAAUAAACUGCGACUCGCUUUCAAAGAUUUCUCUAAGAAGUGCCAAGACGCGCUCCGCAAGAACAAGAAUCUGAUCAGCAGCGAACAGCGUGAAUACCAACGCGAAUUGGAAAGGAACUUCCAGCGAUUCACAGAGAGGCUUUCGCCGCUCGUCCACGCCACGCCAUCGCACGUCGCCCAACUCACAAACGGUGUAAGCAAAUCUGAGUACAAAUAUCAGGCAUAA